CUCCACAGUCCUGCCGCCGUCCACAGCUGUGUAACGGUCCUACUCCUCCUCCUCCUUCUUUCUUUUUCUCGAGACUCCAACCCUGAGCAGCCGUCAUGUUCUACAGCCAGAGCAUCUCCAGCGGGCCGGCGCAGAUGACCAGGCAGAGCCGCAGCUACACCUCCAGCGCCGCCCCCCACAAGGCCCACAGCGUGUCCGGCCUCAGCUUCCGGAGCGGGCCCCGCAUCUCCUCCUCCUCCGCCCGCGUGGUCUCCUCCGGGUACGGCGGCGGCUACGGGGGCGGCUACGGCGGCGGGUACGGCGGCGGCAUGGGCUUCGACCUGUCCAACGCCCUGGACCAGAGCAGCGUGCACCUGAACGAGAAGGCCACCAUGCAGAACCUGAACGACCGCCUGGCCUCCUACCUGGACAAGGUGCGCAGCCUGGAGGCCGCCAACGCCAAGCUGGAGCUGCAGAUCAGGGAGUACUACGAGCAGAAGGGGCCGGCCGCCGAGAGGGACUACAGCAACUACUGGGCCAUCAUCAACGACCUGAAGGAUAAGAUCAAUGGAGCCACUAUUGGAAACGCCAACAUCCUGCUCCAGAUCGACAACUCCAAACUGGCUGCCGAUGACUUCAGAACCAAAUUCGAGCACGAGCUGAUGAUGCGCCAGUCGGUGGAGGCGGACAUCGCCAACCUCCGCCGCCUGCUGGACCAGACCACGCUGACCAAGGCCGACCUGGAGAUGCAGAUCGAGGGCCUGCAGGAUGAGCUGGCCUACCUCAAGAAGAACCACGCAGAGGAGCUGGCAGCCCUACGCUCUCAGCUCACUGGAACAGUCAACGUGGAGGUGGAUGCCGCACCCCAGCAAGACCUCAACAAAAUCAUGACCGAGAUCCGCGCCCAGUACGAAGCCAUCACCGACAAGCACCGCCGGGACCAGGAGGCCUGGUUCACCGAGCAGUCGACAGCUCUGAGCAAGGAGGUGGCCGUCAGCACAGAAACAAUCCAGACCACGAAGACAGAGAUCAACGACCUGAGGCGCACGCUCCAGGGCCUGGAGAUCGAGCUGCAGUCCCAGCUCAGCAUGAAAGGGGCUCUGGAGAACACGCUGGGAGAGACGGAGGCCCGCUACAGCGCCAUGCUCUCCGGAUACCAGAACACCAUCAACAUGCUGGAGAACGAGCUAGGCAACGUGCGCGCCAGCAUCGAGCAGCAGGGCCAGGAGUACAAGAUGCUGCUGGACAUCAAGACCAGGCUGGAGCAGGAGAUCGCCACCUACAGGAGCCUGCUGGAGACAGAGGAGUCCAGGCCAAUGAGUUCAGGAGGCAAGACCACAGUCACAACCACCACUGUGCGCAGCUCCAGCUAGGAGGUCUGACUGGCAGGACAAGCAGUUCUAGGACGAAAACACACACACACACAGACACACACUCCAACUAAUAAAAGCUGUUACACAAGAUGAGCGAGACUGUACUGAAAAAUGUUAACAACGAAACCUGUGUUAAACUCUAUGGCUAAACCAAGAAAAAUGUCAAGCUCUCCGUGUGUGUUGCGUGUGUGUGUGUGUGUGUGUG